AUGUGGGGCAAAGCUCUGGGCUCCCUUCUGCCCCCUUUGACCCCUGCGGUGACCCCAGGGAGGAACCUCACUCUGGACAACAAGAGAUCCCCAUGGUCUCUUGUACCCAUGUCAUCAAUGUGGGCCCUGAUCACAAAGGAAGGACUUAGAAAUGUGUUACUUAAGAAUGUAAGAACCCAGGAGCCGAAUCCUCGUAUCUUAAGGAAACUAGUUGUACGCGCAUCGCUAGAAGACUUCGACAUGUGUCACACUACGAAAGCAUGCCUGAUGAUCAGAGACGAGUGUCUGUUCAAGAACUUGCCCGUGGAAUACUGUUGGGAAGAGAUCAAGGGCAGCGAUAGCAGCAACGUCAGCGAUGACAUCUCCAACCCUGCGAGAUCGCAGCUGUCCAGCGAGCAAGGAGACCCAAGACCGGCCCAAACCAGCGUCCUCCACGGUAUCAAGCAGUCUUCCAACAAGCUGGUCAGGCAUGCCCUCGCGCACUCUCUUGGCCGCUGGUUGCUGUACCCGGGCUCCGUCUGCCUCUUCAACAAAGUCCCACUUUCUUUGCUAGUGAAGGGCCGGGCUCGCCUCAUGGAGGACUUUCACGGGAAGCGGGCCAAACUCGUCGCUCGGGAUGGGAACAAAAUUGACACCAUGUUUGUAGACAGGAGGAACAGGAAAGAUCCGAGGCAGAAGGGCAUGCGUUUGGUGAUUUGCUGCGAGGGCAACGGCAGCUUUUACGAAAUCGGCUGCCUUGCUACCCCACUAAAAGCCGGAUAUUCUGUCCUAGGGUGGAAUCACCCUGGUUUUGCUAGGAGCACGGGGAAACCUUACCCGAAGAACGACAUCAACGCCAUGGAAGUGGUACUCCAGUACGCUAUCCAUCGCCUUAACUUCAGCCUACCGGACAUUGUGAUCUAUGGCUAUUCCUUAGGCAGCUAUACAGCCACAUGGGCCGCCAUGACCUACCCGAACCUGGGUGGUUUGAUCUUGGAUGCCUCGUUCGACGGGCUGAUCCCUUUGGCAGUGAACAUGAUCGACAAGAGGUGGAAGAAGUUGGUGGUGAAGAUCGUGAUGGAGCAUUUCGACCUCAACGUGGUCCAUCAGCUGUGCAAGUACCCGGGGGCCGUCCUGCUGAUCCGGAGGACCCUCGACGAAAUCACCAGCACCGAGUUCAGCAAAGAGGACCGCGUUCCCAUGGCCAGGAGCAACCGAGCCAACCAGCUGCUGCUGCAGCUCCUGUGGACCCGUUAUCCUGAUAUCGUCGCUAGAACUCAGGGAGUUUUGCACCACUGGCUUUCCGCAGACAGCCUCCCACUGGAAUCCCUCAUCUACCACUACUUGUACAAGGUGAAUGAAAACUGGUGUGUCCAGAUGCUCCGGAGCUACAAAGAGAGCCUCGGACCAAAUGCCGAUUUCCCGUGGAAAAUUGGGAAAGGCCUCCCGCUCUCGCAGAAACAACAGCUGGCCCUAUUCCUGGCCAAGAAGCACAUGAAGAACGUGGUGACCACACAUGGGAGAACUUUGCCGGCGGAGGAGUUUCAGCUGCCCUGGAAGCUCUAA